UUUCCUUUUGGGCCUACAUUAGGCCCAAAUAUGAAAAAAUAAACAAAAACUGACAUGACAUUCAGUUCAUUGACGUCGUCUGGUUCAGUUGAAUAAGUGUAAACUUGACACCAAGGUAGUAGGCAUAGAGAAGAAUGGAGGGAGAAGAAGAGUUGCUGUGGAAAUCCGAGCCACAACGCGAGUCCAUCGUCUCCGUCACGCUCGCACGUGCCAUCACUUCUCUUCUCACUUCCCGUCCUAAGAAGCUUCACGACUCUAUUUCUCGCCUCUCCUCACAUUCUUCGCGCUCGCACACUUCACUCGUUUCCCUCGAAGACUCUCUCUGGUUUUUCCACAGCUACGUUGCCGACGCUGCGACCAAUAAUUCUUCCCUCGACCAAGUCCUUCUUCCAAUCAUCGACAGCGUGUUAAAGUCCAAGCAUGGUGACCAAGCUAUGCUUCUGUUGAACUGGCUCUUCCAGGACGAGCUUCUUUUCCAACCCGUUGCCGAGGCUCUCGCUGGCGUCGUUGCCAGAAAGCACGUGCACGACCGCUACUUGUUGCUUGGUUGGUGCCUCCUUCUUCGGAAUCUAGUUGAAUUUGAAAGUUCCGCUCAUCAAUCCAUGUUAAGUGGGAUACGGGAGAGGUAUGGAGAUUUGUUGAAGAUACUCUCCUCUUGUCUUCCGGAUUUGGCCAGUAUUGUUAAUAAAGGAAGUACUUUGCAGGAUGGUUUUGAGUUGCCAUCUCGCCUUGGAGUGUCUGCGGCUGAUUGUUUUUUGUCCCUUUCGGGAGCAUUAACAAAAAUGGCGGACAAUAAAAAGUUGAAGUUAAAUGCUAGAGCAAAAGAUCAGGCAAUUACUUUUGUACAUUCUCCUACUACUGACAAGAAGGAGAAAUUGGAUUCAAAAUUUUUUAUGUCAAUGAUCGAAAGGGACUUUACUCUGUGGCAUCAUUUAGAUGACAUUAUUUGUUUGGUUCGAAGACUCCUUUCUUGGAGCAGGAAAAGUCGUUUUUUACAUGCCAAAGGCUUGGAACAAGUUCUUAAAUGGCUGCAGGAGAUAAAGAAUCACCAUGGAUCCUUUCAACUAGAGACUGAUUCUAAUGCUCUGAAGACUGGAGAUUUACUGCUCUGUUCUUGCUGGAAGCAUUAUAGUGUGCUACUACACCUGGAAGAUAAGAAGUUCUCGCAGCAUUACAAGGAACUGUUGGACCAGUAUAUGUCUGGCAUCCAGUAUUAUAUGGACAACCACACUGGUGGUGGCCAUAUUGACAACAAUGAUGGUGGGUUGGAGACCAGAAAGUUCUUUUUGAAUUGUUUAUGCCUGCUUUUGGGACGUCUGGAUAUCAAGAGAUUUGAAAGCACAGUGUCGGAGUUUGGGAUGAAUAUCUCACGCAUUCUAGUACCACAGCUUAAUUGCACUGAUGAGGAUGUUAUAGCUGGAGUUGUUUCAAUAUUCAAGGCUAUCAUUCUGAGGCCAGAUUACUCACAAGAAGAUGCACUUGCUGACAGUAGGAAGGCAAAUAGUGUGAUUCCUUUUCUGCUACACCUUUUAGAUGAGCGGGAUGGUACAGCUAGAGCUGUUGUUAUGUUGAUAGGAGAAUACUGCUCAAUGAGCAAAGAUGAUCACUGUCUUAUGGAAGUUCUGAAGCGCCUUUCUUCUGGAAACAUUUCCCAGAGAAGAAAUGCUAUGGAUGUUAUAUCAGAAGUCCUACAUAUAUCAUCAAAAUCACAAAGUUUAAUGUCUUGUUCUGCUAGGCAAGAUAUAGCCAACAAAUUGCUAGAGCGGCUUGGAGAUGAAGAAAUUAUGAUUCGUGAACAGGCAUCCAAAUUACUUCCAAUGAUAGACCCUUCAUUGUACUUGCCUGCACUGGUUGGUCUUGUCUACUCUUCAGAUGAGAGACAAUCAAUUGCUAGUGAUUCCAUCAUUGAGGUCCUCAAACAUCACAACCAGAGAAUUGAAGUCAUAUUCUUGUUUCUUGACUGUCUUAGCAAUACCAGUAUAAGCCUAGACCUUCCACAGUCCGAUGGAGAUGAAGGGUCAAAGUUGGAUACUGACCGAUUACUCAAACUGGUUCCAGUAUGGUCUAAAAGUGUUCAAGACUGGAACCUUUUAAUCGGACCACUGGUUGACAAGAUGUUUGCAAAUCCAUCAAAUGCAACUAUUGUCAAAUUCUUGAGUUAUAUAAGUGAAAACUUGGCAACUGUUGCUGAUCUUGUAUUGCAUCAUGUUAUGUUGCAUGUUAGAGACCAGAAGCAGAUUGGUGAAAGUUUCGUAUCAAGAUGGGAGCAAAGAACCUACACAAGUGAAGAAUUUGAAGAAAUGCAGCUAUCUCUGUUCGAGCAUCUUUGCCCUUUGCUCAUAAUUAAAAUUCUUCCCUUGAAAACUUUCAACGACCUCAAUUCAUCAAUUAUGUAUGGGCAUCUCAGUAAAAACAUAAUCCAGGAUGCAGCAAACAGGAACACUGAUAUUGAUUGUGAUUGUAUCGCUGCUUUCCUUCUAAACAGGGCUUUUUGUGAGUUUGAAUUUGAAGAUGUUCAGAAGCUCUCUGCUGAGCUGUGUGGACGCAUUCAUCCACAAGUUCUGCUCCCAUUUGUUAGCUCCAUAUUAGACGGAGCUGUUGCCUCUAAGAAUAUACUGAAGAUAAAGACCUGUUUAUUUUCAAUCUGCACAUCACUUGUGGUCAGAGGAUGGGAGACACUCUCUCAUCGUUCAAUGUAUGCAAUCAGAGAGAUGAUUGAAACUGUAUUGUUAUGGCCUUGUCUGAACGCUGAUUCAGUUUCUAAAGCACAACACGGAUGCAUUGAUUGUCUAGCACUAAUGAUAUGUGCUGAACUACAAGCUAAGGAAUCAAUCUCUUCCAUGCCUGGCAAAAUUAGGGCCCUUGGAAAAGAAGGGAAGUCUGUUGUCAGCUAUGUGAUCAAUCAGUUCUUUAACUACAAGAAUGAACGAACUUCAACUCCUGAGUUUGGGGAUGAAAACUCGGAAUUUGUUCCUGCUUCAGUUUCUCUCUCUUUUCGUCUGUGUAUGGGUAAUGUUCUCAUUAGCACUUGCCAGAAGAUACCUGAAUCUUGCAAGAAGCCCUUUGCAGCACAAGUUAUUCCUUUUCUCCUUCAAUCUCUUGAGUUUGAAACGAAGUCAGAGAUUAGAGCAGCAUGCACCCAGGUUCUAUUUUCAGCUGUCUAUCAUUUAAGAUCUGCAGUUCUUCCCUAUGCAUCUGACCUUCUCAGAAUUGCCCUAAAAGCCCUAAGGAAGGAGUCAGACAAGGAAAGGAUAGCAGGUGCGAAGCUCAUAGCAUCACUUAUGGCCAGCGAAGAUGUGAUUUUGGAAAACAUAUCUGUUGGACUAUUAGAAGCCAGGUCUGUACUCUCAACCAUAUCUUCGUCAGAUCCUUCUCUUGAGUUACAACAGCUUUGCCGCAAGUUGCUAGCAUGCAUAUCUUCUCCUUGAGUUGCAACAAACUCUAUUGUAGGCUUGUAGCGGUAUAUUAUUCAGUGUACAUAGUUCACUUUCGUAUGCGCAGAUAAAAUAUUUUUGAAAUAGGUUCGUUGCAUACUUGUAUGAGACAAGAAGAAUACAUUCCCAUGAUCAUGUUGUAUACAACAUCUGUUAAUACCCGUUAACGUCAAAUUCAGGGACAUGCAUGCAGACUUCCA